UGCGCGGGCGUUACGGCAGCUCCCGGCGCGUUCCGACCGCCAUCUUAGUUACCGGCGCGGCUACCGCAGGGCGACCAUGGCGGCGCUGCUCGUACGGCGCCUGUCGGUGGCGGCCCUAGCCCUGUCCCGGUCCGGCCUGCCCAUGUGGGCCCCGGUGGCUGUGGGCGCGGCGCCGCGCCCGCUGCUGGCGGCCGCGCCUCUCCCGCCCCUCCCGGCGCCCAGCGCGGGCAUGAAGGCGAAGGUGGUGCUGCGGAGGCGCUGCAAGGACUGCUUCAUCGUGCGGCGGAACGGCCGCCUCUUUGUCUACUGCAAGACCACCCCCCGCCACAAGCAGCGCCAGCUCUAGCGCCCGCGGCCCUUAGCUGCGAGUGGGGCCGGGUCCUCCCCGGGGAGGGAGCAGGUGGCAGCUGGAGGCCGGGCCCCCCCGAGAUGGGGGAAGGAGCCUUUGAAGCCUGCAGCGGGGACCAGCGACAGCCCCUGUGGCUUCUUCUCUUUUUUUCCCCAAUGUCUGGUGUAAACACAAGGCUGUAACAGUAAACUUAUGGGUUCCUAG